AGAAGGAAAGAUAAGUAGAAAUACGUCGACGAGGAAGUGAAAGACGAGGAAAGUUCAGAAGUACGGUGUCACUACUUGUGAAGACCCGUUCCCGUUUGCGAAAAAAUGGACGACGACGCCAGUGUCGAGCAGUACAUUACGUACGAAGACUACUUGGACGCCCAAAUCACUGCCCACGACAGGAAAUACCUUGAGGAUGACGAGCUAGCAAGGCAGCUGGUACAGCUGACUGACUUGAGCUUUCAUCUCGUUGAACGCUUGCUUGUGCAUAUGUUUGCAUUUUUGUUUUUCAUGAUGUGAACAAUGCUUAAAGCGGGGGCGCCAGACAGUUUUUGAAGUGCAAUGGAUUAUCUACCAACAGGUGGAAAUAGGGUGUCGCAAAGGCGAGGUUUUGUCGCGGGAAGAGUUUGCAGCACGCAAGGAGGCUGCGGAGGAGGCAAGAAAAAGCAAGUUACAGAAUGCACCGAAAGUGUUGGCCUCAGCGAACAAAGACCUCACGGAUUACCCAUUUCUGAGGCAUCUGGUAUAUUUUUUGAUUGUUGCUCCAUUCGAGAAAAAAUAAAAGAUGAAUGACUGGUUGUACCCACGUCGCUGCUGCACAGAUCCAUCGACUACUUUGAAUGGGACGUUUCAAAAUCUGAUCCCAAUAGGCCGCCCGGGAAGAGUUGGUACGACAAGGCAAACUCAGCGUGAUUAUCUUCAUAAGAGAUAAAAACACGAAGGGGCAGGAGGUGUCAGGGUACAUAGAUUACGGGCAGCGACUGAAGAGCGAGAAUUUCGAGCCUUACUUUGAAAGUAUUCAAUGGUGGUUUUGGUUCUUUCUGUGCGACAAGUUAGUUCAUUGUUUAGCAAACUGAUGUUGGUUAUCAUGGUUUGGUUGUAGGCGUAUUCGUGCUGGUAGCGGUUAAUUUGGUCGUUGUAGAAAAGAAAUAGAUGGAACUGGAUCUAAAACAACGCACUACAGGAAAAAAGAGGCUGCUACCCCGACAAACGGACUUGAGUUUCUACAACUGGGACACACAGCACACUGCGUCAAACGAGUCCGCGAACUUUCACAUAUGCACUGUAAAUUUCCCGUACAUGUACAAAAUGCAUGACAAAUUUCGCUAACUUGCAGUGUCCAACUUGUCAUGCUAGACUAGGACUGAAGGCAAGUUUUGUCAUGCAGAGACUGCAUUUGUACGUGUACGGGAAAUUUACUGUGGAUAUCACAUCAUACCAGACUACGAGCAAGGGCUGCUGUUUAAGAACAAAAGGGAUAGAAAGGUAGUAAAUCGUUCGUCUUUUUCAUCAUUCAAGGAGAUGAAAACUACUCGGAUCUGAGCUUGAUAAUCAUGCUUCCUUUUGACUUUCUUAUUUCUAUCUUUGGGACGUAGCUUUCAAUGGCAUUUGAGGUAAUCUGCGUCGACCCGCGCGUGAAAGACCCCGGAGACAAUUCGAAGCGGCACGAAAUCAAAACCGCGGAGUACGUGCAGGUGGUGAUUUUUGAUCACAUGACGCGGAAAAAGGCCGCGUGAGGUAGUUCUCAGAGUCGUCAAGUGCUCUGAACCACUCAAAAAAUUAUGAGUCCUCGAAGGUGAUUCAUGGACUUCGACCUCCAAAAAUGAACUUAGUGUCAGUAACGUUGCGCCACAACGUUCGUAUACGGGUACCCGUUGCUGUUAAGUCACGAAACAGCAAGCAAAAGACACCGGCGAUUUUUGUCGUGGUGUUGGUGGCCCUUGCAAUUUCAGGAACGGAUUUGUACAUUGUUGAGUCUGAGCGAAUGCCUGUACAAAGGGCAAACAAGACCUGUUUAUUGUUGCGCGGUCGACAAUAAAGUAGAACUAGAUACGAUGGUGCAAAAUCUUACCUAUUUCCUUGCGCUUUAAUUAUGUUCUCAGCUGUGGGAGGACAGAGCGCUGUGCGUUGAGUCUGAGAGUGAGACAGGACGAAGAAGCAGCGCAAGUCCAACAAAAAA